UUUCCUAAAGUGCUGCCUACAUCGCCUUCGUACGCCCUUGGAUCUGGAGAUGGUAGUGAAAGGUCCAUAUGCUCAGGGUUUGGGUCGCCCAUUUUAUCAUGACGCUGUGCAGAUGUAAGUUCAUAGUAGUCAUAACGCAGUCGAGAUCGCUGUCGCAGCCUCCAUGUUCGCCGUUUCCUAAGGUGUCACACGGACGUGGCCUCUAGACCUGCAGCAACUAUUAGCGAUGGCGUCAGGCUCUGUCCUUCGAGUCAUUGGGCCACCGGUUAGGCUGUUCGUAUUUCAUCUGCAGCACAGCCAUGUUGAAAGACGCCCCGCGCCUCAGCCCAGCCGGUCCAGGUCAAUCCAUGGUGAACUAGGUCUUGCCUUCGUCUACUUGCAUAGGCCACCGGAGCAAGAUAGGAUGGGAACUACCAGCUGGCUGAAAACUGCUCCGAAUGUAAGUUGCAUGUUGUUGACCUAUAAACCUCAACGACGAAGCCCGCCUACAGAUGAAGACUUGACUCAACUCGCAGUGUGUCUCUGGGCAUGGCAACUGUGCCGAAACUGUAAAGACCGACGCUCAUGUUCUCGAAAGAGCUGCCCAAAACUUCGCAUGAAGCAUCUGGUUCCAUUUUUCGACCACUAUCGGGCAUGGACUGGAAUGUACGAAGCAGAUACUGGGGGCAUAGGCGGCGCUCUAACAACGCAUAGAGAUUUACUGACUAUAAUUACGACCCUGCAGCAAAACCCCGACAUCCCUCGUGCUAAGCUCAAGGAAAGCAUAUUCUCCAAUGGACCGGACCAGAGUAUACCUCCCGUCGUGGGACAGAACCGAGCGUUAAACCUUGCUGUCCGUGUGUCUGCAAUGAUCAAUUGCUCUGCACUGCACCAAGACCUUGGGACCCUGGAGCACGGCCUCUUUCGUUAUCACUGGCGAGAUGACCUGACCUACAGUCAAUUCAUAUCGUUAGGAUUUCCCCAGACUGACCACCCUAACGUUAAUGGCAACGAUUCUGGGAGAGCUUCCGACUUUAGGACAGAAAUCACUGCAAGAAAGUUGAAGAAGCGCGCAAAAUUGAGGUUUCAACCUACCGACGAUCUAGGAAGCCACCUCCAAUUCCACCGAAAGACCAAAACCGUGGAUAUAUAUCAUCAUACUACGUUCUUGAAAGAACAACUUCGACUCACCAGAGACGAUGCGGUCAGCCAUUUACUACCCCGUCAAUUGGUGCUCGAAGCGCUAGACACGGUCCAAAAGGUCCUUUUCCCACUCGCUGACAGGAAAUCGUAUGACCUUCUACAGACACUUGUGUCGAGGUCCGGCUUCGAUCCGGAUUGCCUCCGCUUUGAAUCCACAUCGAUCCGGAAACCCGAAGAAAAGGAUAUCACGUACCACUACUUCGGGGGUCGUCUCGCCGAGCUAUAUGAGGAAUCGAAGAACCCAACUCCGCACUCAUUGCUCGACAAGUGGCUCGAUCGGAAAAGUGGUGCGAGGCACGUUAUGUUCGCGACUUUGGUGGGAGUGUUGAUAGCUAUUGUGCUUGGAAUUCUUUCCCUGGCCGUAUCGAUCUGCCAGGCUUAUAUUAGUUAUCAGGCCUGGAAGCAUCCUGUGCCGGCCCCUCAAUGACCAAGAAGGAAUUUUGUGGACAUGAGAGACUUUCAGGACUGGACAGAAAUCUAUCAGCUGCAUGAACAAGAGCGCUCUGAUAACAUCGUUCUGAUCUUUGGAACAAGCUCCUCAUUCACCAUGAUAGGUUAAUUGUCCUUAGGGAGGCACAGAGAUAACGAUGUGUCGUAAAUUCAACACAAUGGAAUGCACAUUCUUCUGUGACGAGUUGCGAACUUCACAAAUGCAUCCUCAUUCAGGCUGUAGGAGCGGGGCGACA